CGAACUCGGAUAUGUUAAAUGUUGAAAUACAUAAUUUUUGAACACGAAGGAAAGAAUUUGUUCUAAGAACAGGGAAGUUUUCACAAUCAAACCGCGUUUUAAUCAUGGAAUCAGCGGCAGAAAGUGGCGAUACUCAAUCGUCUACUGCUGUCGUUGAUGCUCGUGAUUUUGUGCAAUUUUUAGUGAAAGUUGUGCCGGCAAUUUUGGAAGGUGAUACCGAUCAAAGCCAUGAGCUUAUAAACGCUUGCAAUAAUGACGAAUACUUUGAGUGUAUAAAGAAAUUUCUUUCUGAUCCUCAAACGCGAGCGUUGAUCGUAAGCAAGAGUGUUUUAAAAGACGAAGAAGAAGACAGCUCAAGCUCAGAUAGCGCUGCAGAAUCGGAAAGAGAUGGACGCGUUUCUUAUUCAAUACAUCUAAAUGUUCAAUAUACAGCACCCAAGCUGAACAGCGUUGGUUUUAUCAAACGAUUUGCUGUUGUUGAAGCUGAUAAAAAGAUUGCCUCUCAGCUGAGGCUUUUGAAUUUAAGCGAUGAUUCCCCAUUUGAGACACUUCAUGCCCUUGUCAGCAAUGCAGUUGCUCCUUAUUUCAAAUCAUUUGUUAAAACAUCUGGAAAAGCAGACAGGGAUGGUGAUAAAAUGGUGCCAUCUGUUGCAAAGAAGAUUUCAGAAUUGGAAAUGGCACUUCUACAUUUGCAGCAAAAUAUUGACAUACCUGAGAUAACAUUAAUCAUUCAUCCAACUGUCUUGAACAUGAUCAAGAAAUGCGAGGAAGAAGGAAGAAAAGCAAAAGUUCAAGACUUUGGAGAACUUUGUGAAGAUUCCACCUUUCUUAAUCAAUUACAGAAUGGUGUCAACAGAUGGAUCAGAGAAAUUCAAAAAGUAACCAAGCUAAAUCGUGAUCCAGCAUCCGGAAAUGCCUUGCAGGAGAUUAGCUUUUGGUUGAAUUUGGAAAGAGCACUCCUACGUAUUCAAGAAAAACGUGAGAGCUUUGAAGUUGCUUUGACUUUGGAUAUCUUAAAGUGUGGAAAAAGAUUUCAUGCAACUGUUAGUUUUGAUUCUGACACUGGCUUAAAGCAAGCAAUAACAACUGUGAAUGACUACAGCCCUUUGAUGAAAGAUUUUCCUCUUGAUGAUCUUUUGUCGGCUACUGAAUUAGAUAAAAUCAGAUCUUCUCUGACACAGAUCUUUGCUCAUCUCAGGAAAAUUAGAAACACAAAGUAUCCCAUUCAAAGGUGCUUGCGAUUGGUUGAAGCAAUCUCACGUGACUUAAGUGCUCAACUUCUGAAGGUGUUAGGUCCAUUGAGACUUAUGCAUAUCCCUUAUGAAGAUUUUGAUAAGAUGAUGGUUGCAUGUUUCAAAGUGUUUACAACCUGGGAUGAAGAAUAUGAAAAACUGCAGACAAUGCUUCGUGAUAUUUCAAAGAAGAAACGUGAUGAACAUGGAAAAGCUGGUCGUGUUAAUCCAUCUCAUAAAAAGUCACAAGGAAGACUUGAAAACGUCAGAAAAUUUCGUCGCCAACAUGAACAAUUACGUCAGGUGAUCGUGCGAGUCCUUCAACCUGCAACAAAAGAACAAAUACAUCCACGAAAUUCUGCUGAUGAAAUAACAGAUAUUCAAAUUGCUGCGUCCUUAGAUCCAGCUGAUGCAAAUGCCAUAGAAGAAGUGAAUUUGGCUUAUGAGAAUACAAAAGAUGUCGAUGCUCUGGAUAUUUCAAAGGAGGGUAACGAAGCUUGGGAAGCUGCUAUGAAGAGGUAUGAAUGGUUGUUGAAGAGGGAAGAAGCUAGAAUGAUAGAUAAGGAUGGAGAAAACAGAAGGUUGAGGAAGAGGUGUAGUAAGGUGAAGUGGAGGUGUGUCAGGAAGAGCUUGAUUAGAAGAAUUAGUGAGGACUACGUGAAUACAGCAGAAUCAAGAGAAGAUAUUGAAACAUUGCAUAAUAAAUUUAAAAUUCAGUAUCCCCAGAGUAAGAACUCGAAAAUGAGUAAAGUUCGCGAUUUUCCUGCUGUUUCAGGAUCCAUAAUAUGGGCAAGACAGAUCGAGCGUCAACUGAAUGCUUAUCUUCGUCGGGUUGAAGACGUGUUAGGAAAAGGAUGGGAAAGUCAUGUUGAAGGACAACGACUGAAGGAAGACGGUGAUAAUUUCAAACAGAAAUUAGAUACUCAAGAGCUUUUUGAAGAUUGGUCAAGAAAAGUUACCGCUCGAAAUUUGGGUGUCGGUGGUCGAAUAUUUGCUAUAGAAAGCAUAAGAACAAGGACUGGGACUAUGCUUAAGUUGAAAGUUAAUUUUUUGCCCGAAAUCAUCACUUUGGCGAAGGAGGUUCGUAACUUAAAAUGGCUUGGAUUUCGAGUGCCACUUGCUAUUGUGAACAAAGCACAUCAAGCCAAUCAGCUGUAUCCAUUUGCCAUUUCUCUUAUUGAGAGUGUCUGCUCCUACGAAACAGCUUGCGAAAAGGUUACAAACAAGAAGACGAUAAAACCUUUGGUUGCUGGUCUACAAAGAGAUAUUCAAAACUUGAUCAGUGAGGGUAUUGGUCUUACCUGGGAAUCUUACAAACUGGAUCCUUAUGUGCAAAAGUUUGCAGAUGCAAUCAUCAGCUUUCAAGAAAAGGUUGAUGAUUUGUUGAUCAAUGUUGAAAGAAUUGAAGGAGAAGUUAAAUCGUUAGCAUCAUGUAGUUAUGAUUCUGAAACCUUCCAUCAAGUUUUAGCAAGUAUUCAGAAAUCAGUUGAUGAAAUGAAUCUGUAUUCCUAUACAAAUUUGGCAUCGUGGGUCGCUAGCUUAGACAAAAGUGUCGAAGAGAAACUUUCCGUUCGAUUACAAGCUGGAUUAAUUACAUGGACUGAAUACCUCCAAGAUUACAAUGCCGAUGGCAGAAAAAUGGAAUUUGAUUCCGACACAAACCCCAUGGUCUCGCAUAAACCUGGUGGAGAUCCUGAAAUAAAGAUUCUUCGUCAUGAAGUACGAAUCACGAAUCAAAUCUUGUAUCUCUAUCCUCCUGUGGAAGCUGUUAGAAGUCAUCUUCUUGAGCAACUUCAUACAUGGUUGGGUGUCAUUCUCAAGUUACCCAGAAUUCAGAGUUCCCGAUAUCAGGUUGGCCUUGAUUCAGAUGAUUUGGAAUCCCACUCAAGCUAUCGUAAUCUUCUCACAAUACUUCCGGAUGGUCCCGAAGUCCUAGAGAGAGCUUACGAGGCUGUCGAGAAGAAAGUUGGAGAGGUUGAAAAAUAUGUUCAGGUGUGGUUACGUUAUCAAUCCUUGUGGGACAUGGAAACUGGUCUCAUUUAUAGCAAACUUGAUAAUAGUCUCGAGAGAUGGAUCAUUCUACUGAGGAAUAUCAGAAAGUCCCGUGUUACGUUUGAUACACAAGAAACAAGAAAGGAAUUUGGACCUAUUGUUAUUGACUUCCAACAGGUUCAAUCUAAAGUAAAUCUUAAGUAUGACAGUUGGCACAAAGAAUUGCUGAGCAAGUUUGGAUCCAUGCUUGGCACGAAUAUGAAUGAUUUUUAUGGAACAAUUACCAAGAGUCGUACAGAUUUGGAACAACAUUCUGUUGAAGUAUCAUCAACAUCAGAUUCCGUCAGCUUUAUUACUUUUGUUCAAUCUUUAAAACGUAAACUGAAAAAGUGGGAAAAAGUUAUGGAGGUUUACAAAAACGGUCAGCUCAUUCUGGAAAGGCAAAGAUUCCAGUUUCCAUCACAAUGGUUGUACUACGACAACGUAGAGGGCGAAUGGGGAGCAUUCAAUGAUAUCUUGAAUCGUAAAGAUAUAUCUAUUCAAAAAGAGGUGUCAAUGUUGCAAGUGAAGAUCAUUGCUGAAGAUCAAGCUGUUGAAGAAAGAACAACAGAAUUCCUGAAUGACUGGGAUAAAGGCAAACCUAUUGAAGGUAGUACUCGACCGGAUGCUGCUCUCAAAUCUCUUGCUGUUUACGAAGGAAAGCUCAAUCGAUUGAAAGAUGAUAGAAGUAAUGUUGCAAAAGCUAAGGAAGCCUUAGAGUUAAUGGAACAAGGUGUUACAAUGAUCAGCGAUGAUCGUGUCCAGGUUUCAUUGGAAGAGUUGCAAGAUCUUAAAGGAGUUUGGAACGAGUUGUUGAAGAUUUGGGAGAAGAUUGAUGAAAUGAAAGAGCAACCUUGGUUGUCAGUACAACCGCGCAAGCUACGUCAAUCUCUUGAUGCUUUGUUGAAUCAACUAAAGAAUUUCCCUAGUCUUAAACAGUAUUCAUCUUAUGAAUACGUACAGAAACUACUCAAAGGUUACAUGAAGGCAAAUGUUCACAUUGUUGAGUUAAAAUCCGAAGCUCUCAAGGAACGUCAUUGGAAACAUUUGAUGAAACAACUUCGUGUAAAAUGGAUUAUCAAUGAUCUAACUCUUGGUGCUGUUUGGGAUGUUGAUCUCCUUAAGAAUGAAGCUCUACUUAGAGAUGUUAUGUUAGUUGCUCAAGGAGAGAUGGCUUUGGAAGAAUUUCUUAAACAGGUACGCGAUGUGUGGCAAACGUUUGAAUUGGAAUUGAUCAACUAUCAGAACAAAUGUCGAGUUAUUCGUGGCUGGGAUGAUCUCUUUACAAAAGUAAAAGAACAUUUAAACAGCGUCACCGCAAUGAAGUUAUCGCCUUAUUAUAAGGUAUUUGAAGAAGACGCUUUGCAAUGGGAGGAGAAACUGAAUCGUAUUCAUGAUACGUUCGAUGUAUGGAUUGAUGUUCAACGUCGUUGGGUCUAUCUUGAUGGUAUUUUUAGUGGAAGUGCUGAUAUCAAGACAUUGUUACCUGUAGAGACACAGAGAUUUUCAAGUAUUAGUACGGAAUUUUUGACGUUGAUGAAGAAAGUAUCAAAAUCGCCCUUGGUUAUGGAUGUUGUAAAUAUCCAAGGAGUACAGCGUCAGUUGGAACGACUUGCUGAUCUUUUAGGAAAGAUUCAAAAAGCUUUGGGUGAAUAUUUAGAACGUGAACGAGCCUCCUUUCCAAGGUUUUAUUUCGUUGGUGAUGAAGAUCUUUUGGAGAUUAUCGGCAACAGCAAAAGUAUUCCCAAACUUCAGAAACAUUUCAAGAAGAUGUUUGCAGGCGUCACAAGUAUCAUCCUUAAUGAAGAAGAUCAAAUCAUAUCAGGAAUUUCAUCGAAAGAAGGCGAAGAAGUUUCAUUUAAAACACCCGUCUCGUUGAAAGAACAUCCUAAAGUGAACGAAUGGUUGACGUGUGUCGAGAAAGAAAUGAGAGUUACCUUGGCCAGUCUUUUGGCUGAAGCAAUGAAAGAUGUCAGUCAAUUUCAAUCUGAAAAUAUUGACGCUCAAAAAUAUCUUGAAUGGGUUGACAAAUACCAGGCUCAACUGGUUGUUCUUGCAUGUCAAGUAUCUUGGUCCCAGUACACAGAAGCUGCGCUUCAGAAGGGUGAUGUCGCCGCUGUACAGCAAGUAUUGAGGAUUGUUGAGGCGUCAUUGAAUGUCCUAGCUGACUCUGUACUUCACGAACAGCCAGCUGUAAGAAGGCGUAAAUUAGAACAUUUGAUUACUGAACUUGUCCACCAACGUGACGUCACACGUAAUCUGAUCAACAAUAAAACUCUGGGAGCGAAAGCAUUUGAUUGGUUGAAAGAGAUGAGAUUUUACUUUGAUCCAAAUCAAAAAGAUGUACUAAAACAACUUUCGAUUCAAAUGGCCAAUGCUAAAUUCAAUUAUGGUUUUGAGUAUCUUGGUGUUCAAGAUAAACUUGUACAGACCCCCCUGACUGAUCGUUGUUAUCUAACCAUGACUCAAGCUUUAGAAGGACGCCUUGGUGGAUCGCCAUUUGGACCUGCUGGUACUGGAAAGACAGAGUCUGUCAAAGCCCUUGGUCAUCAACUGGGAAGAUUUGUUCUUGUGUUCAACUGCGAUGAAACUUUCGACUUUCAGGCAAUGGGUCGUAUAUUUGUUGGUCUCUGUCAAGUUGGUGCAUGGGGCUGUUUUGAUGAAUUUAAUCGUCUGGAAGAAAGAAUGUUGUCGGCUGUCUCGCAGCAAAUUCAAACAAUACAAGAAGCUUUAAAAGAGCACAGUAACAGUGAUGAUUCUCAUAUUUCUAUUGAAUUGGUGAGCAAACAAGUGAAAGUGAGUCGUGAUAUGGCCAUCUUUGUGACAAUGAAUCCAGGUUAUGCAGGACGAUCUAAUCUACCUGAUAACUUGAAGAAAUUAUUCCGUAGUCUGGCAAUGACUAGUCCUGACAGGCAGCUUAUUGCACAAGUUAUGCUUUAUUCACAAGGAUUUAGGAUGGCUGAAAAAUUGGCUAGCAAGAUUGUACCGUUCUUCAAGCUUUGUUUGGAGCAACUUUCAAAUCAAUCUCAUUACGAUUUUGGUCUUCGUGCGUUGAAGAGUGUAUUGAUCAGUGCCGGUAAUGUGAAACGAGACAAAAUAUCAAAAGUUAAAGAAGAACUUAAGGCCAAAGGUGAAGCUGUUGAUGAAGCUUCAAUAUCCGAAGGAUUAGAUGAACAGCAGAUCCUUAUUCAAAGUGUUUUUGAAACUGUGGUUCCCAAAUUGGUUGCUGAAGACAUUCCUUUGUUGCAUAGUUUGUUGUCUGAUGUCUUCCCUGGAGUUAAGUAUAUGGGCGUUGAAAUGACUAAUUUGAAAGAAGAAAUUAAGAAAGUUUGUGCUGAAAUGUUUCUCACUUUUGGUGACGGUGAGGAUGAAGGAACCGCAUGGGUGGAUAAGAUACUACAGUUAUAUCAGAUAAGUUUGAUUCACCAUGGUUUAAUGAUGGUUGGGCCAAGUGGUAGUGGGAAGAGUACGGCAUGGCGAGUUCUUCUUAAAGCUUUAGAAAGAUUGGAAGGUGUUGAAGGUGUUGCCCAUGUCAUUGAUCCCAAGGCCAUGUCUAAAGAUGAACUUUAUGGUACACUUGAUCCCAACACUCGAGAAUGGAGUGAUGGCUUAUUCACACAUCUGUUAAGAAAGAUCAUAGAUAAUGUUCGUGGUGAAUUGAGCAAACGUCAGUGGAUCAUAUUUGAUGGCGAUGUUGACCCUGAAUGGGUGGAAAAUCUAAACAGUGUUCUUGAUGACAAUAAACGUUUAACUCUGCCUAACGGUGAAAGAUUGGGAAUUCCACGGAAUGUACGUAUAAUGUUUGAAGUGCAAGACUUGCGUUACGCUACAUUGGCAACUGUCAGUCGAUGUGGAAUGGUGUGGUUUAGUGAAGAUAUUGUAUCAACAGAAAUGAUUUUUGAUAAUUUCCUGAGUGAGUUGAAGGCCAAGCCAAUAGAGGAGAUCGAAGAGGACAUCACUUUGAGAAAACAGAGCAGAAAAACCGAAGAAAACGUGUUGUCUCCAGCUAUGCAGGUUCAAAAUGAUGCCGUGAAUAUCGUCUCUGAAUUCUUUACGUCUGGUGGUUUGGUGAUGAAAUGUUUGGAAUUUGCAAUAAACCAAGAACAUAUAAUGGACUUCACUCGAUUGAGGGCCUUGGGUUCGUUAUUCUCGAUGUUUAAACAAGCUGUUCGCAAUGUAAUUGCGUAUAAUCAACAACACUCUGAUUUCCCAAUGGAGCGUGAUCAACUAGAAAAAUAUCUACCUCGCUAUCUAGUUUACAGUUUAUUGUGGUCUUUUUCUGGUGAUUCCAAAAUGAAGUAUCGAGAAGAACUUGGUAAAAUGCUGCAAAAGAUAACUACGAUACCGCUUCCAAACACAUCCGUCAUGCCUCUUAUUGAUUACGAAGUGACCAUUCAAGGUGAGUGGGUUCCUUGGCAAGGUAAAGUUCCCAAUGUUGAAAUUGAGACUCACAAAGUGGGCUCCGAUGUUGUCAUUCCGACUGUGGAUACUGUCCGUCAUGAAGUAUUGCUGUACACGUGGCUAGCUGAACACAAACCGCUAGUCCUUUGUGGGCCUCCUGGAAGUGAAACAAUGACAUUGUUCUGUUCACUUCGAUCUUUGCCUGAUAUGGAGGUUGUUGGUCUAAAUUUUUCGAGUGCUACAACACCCGAAUUGCUACUCAAGACUUUUGAUCACUACUGUGAAUACAGACGAACUCCAAAUGGAGUUGUGAUGGCGCCCGUACAACUUGGAAAAUGGCUAGUUCUGUUUUGUGAUGAAAUCAACUUACCUGACAUGGAUAAUUAUGGUACCCAGAGAGUUAUUUCAUUCUUGCGUCAAAUGGUUGAGCACAAUGGUUUCUAUCGCUCAUCUGAUCAAUCUUGGGUGAGGUUAGAAAGAAUUCAGUUUGUUGGAGCAUGUAAUCCUCCUACGGAUCCAGGAAGAAAGCCACUCACACACAGAUUUUUACGUCACGUGCCUGUUGUGUAUGUCGACUAUCCUGGUGCAGUUUCUUUAACGCAGAUAUACGGAACCUUUAAUCGAGCCAUGUUGAGGUUGAUCCCCUCACUAAGAAGCUCUGCUCAACAGUUGACUGAUGCCAUGGUGGAGUUUUAUACAAUGUCUCAGGAACGUUUCACUCAAGAUAUGCAACCUCACUAUAUCUACAGUCCUCGUGAAAUGACUCGUUGGGUACGUGGUAUUGUCGAAGCAUUAAGACCGCUGGAAACUUUGUCAGUGGAAGGAUUGGUGAGAUUGUGGGCUCAUGAAGCGUUGCGUCUUUUCCAAGACAGACUGGUGACUGACGAUGAACGUAAAUGGACAGAGGAAAACAUUAAUUCUGUCGCCAAGAAACAUUUUCCUGCCAUCGACCAUGAAAAUGCUCUCAAGAGACCAAUAUUGUACAGCAAUUGGUUGACAAAGACUACCCCUGUUGAUCAAGAAGAAUUGAGAGAUUUCGUUAAAGCUCGUUUGAAGGUUUUCUAUGAAGAAGAGUUAGAUGUUCCUUUGGUGUUAUUUAAUGAAGUUCUUGAUCAUGUUUUGAGAAUCGACAGAAUUUUCAAGCAACCUCAAGGUCAUCUGCUGUUGAUUGGUGUCAGCGGAGCAGGAAAAACAACACUUUCUCGGUUUGUCGCUUGGAUGAAUGGCUUGAGUGUAUUCCAGAUAAAGAUUCACCGUAAAUACACGUAUGUUGAAUUUGAUGAAGAUUUCGAAAUGCUGCGCCGCUCUGGUUGUAAAAUGAAAAAUCGUUUCAUAUUGGACGAAUCUAACAUGCUAGAGUCCAGUUUUCUGGAAAGAAUGAAUACUUUAUUGGCCAAUGGAGAAGUACCUGGGUUGUUUGAAGGGGAUGAGUAUACAACGUUAAUGACACAAUGCAAAGAAGGAUCACAACGAGAUGGUCUAAUGUUGGACUCAAGUGAAGAGUUAUACAAAUGGUUUACUGAGCAGGUAAUAAGAAAUCUUCACGGUUUUACAAUGAAUCCAUCUUCUGAAGGACUGAAAGACAGAGCCGCCACUUCACCUGCAUUGUUUAACAGAUGCGUAUUGAAUUGGUUUGGUGAUUGGUCGACUGGUGCACUCUAUCAAGUUGGUAAAGAAUUUACGAGCAAGAUUGAUUUAGACAAUUCAUUGUAUCGUGCUCCAGACUACAUUCCUGUUGUUUAUGAAGGAUUAUCGAUCCCACCUACUCACCGUGAGGCAGUUAUCAACGCUUUUGUAUUUGUACAUCAAACUUUACAUCAAGCAAAUGCUCGUCUUGCUAAACGCGGAGGACGUUGUAUGGCAAUAACUCCUAGACAUUACCUGGAUUUUAUAAAUCACUACGUAAGUAAACUGUACAACGAGAAACGAUCAGAUUUGGAAGAGCAACAACUUCAUUUAAAUGUUGGUUACAAAAUAAAAGAAACUGUUGAGCAGGUCGAAGAACUUCAAAAAAGCUUAUCUAUGAAGAGUCAAGAAUUGGAAGCAAAGAAUGCAUUAGCUAAUCAAAAACUGAAACAGAUGUUAAAAGAUCAACAGGAGGCAGAGAAAAAAAGAGUGACUUCGACAGAACUUCAGGCGGCUAUUGCGCAACAAACAGUGAAGAUUAAAGAAAAGAAAGCACUUGUUAUGGACGAUUUAGCGCAGGUUGAGCCUGCAGUACAAGACGCUAAACAAGCCGUAAAAUCAAUUAAAAAGCAACAUUUGGUUGAAGUGCGUUCAAUGGCCAAUCCACCUCAAGCAGUUAAAGUUGCUUUAGAGUCUAUAUGUUUACUACUGGGUGAACAGGCAGCUGAUUGGAGGGCCAUUCGCAGUAUCAUCAUGAGAGAUAAUUUUAUUCCAACCAUUGUUACUUUCCAAACAGAAAAUAUCAGUGAAGAAGUUCGCGCUCAAAUGUUGAACAAGUACAUGUCUCAGCCAGACUACAACUUUGAUAAAGUCAAUCGUGCAAGUCAAGCUUGUGGUCCGUUAGUGAAAUGGGCCAUUGCACAGGUGAAAUAUGCUGAUAUGUUGUUGAAAAUAGAACCUUUACGCUAUGAACUAAAGAGUUUAGAAACUGAAGCAAGUGCUGCUGAAGCUAAGGCUGCUGAAAUUGCUAAAGUUAUUACUGGUCUGGAGAAAAGCAUAGCGCAAUACAAAGAAGAAUAUGCUGCCUUGAUUAGUGAAGCACAAGCGAUAAAGACCGAGAUGACGGCUGUUGAAGCAAAAGUAAACAGAAGCGUGGCAUUAUUAAGGAGUUUGUCUGAUGAACGCAGUCGUUGGCAAGACACAAGCAACGCUUUUCAAGCUCAAAUGGGAACCAUUGUCGGUGAUGUAAUGCUAUCGUCAGCAUUUUUGGCUUAUGCAGGAUAUUUCGAUCAGCAGCUUCGUCAAAAUUUGUUCACAACUUGGAGUCACCAUCUUCAACAAGCUGGUUUGGAGUUUCGCCAUGAUCUUGCUAGGACUGAGUACCUGUCAACUGCUGAUGAUCGACUAGCAUGGCAAGCUAAUUCACUUCCUACUGAUGAUCUUUGCACUGAAAAUGCCAUCAUGUUAAAGCGAUUCAAUAGAUAUCCCUUGAUUAUUGAUCCAUCGGGUCAAGCCACUGAAUUUAUCAUGAAUGAAUACAAGGGACGUAGAAUUACAAAAACAAGUUUCCUUGAUGAUGCCUUCCGCAAGAAUCUUGAAAGUGCAUUACGAUUUGGAAAUCCACUUUUAGUACAGGACGUUGAAAACUAUGAUCCAAUUGUUAAUCCAGUGUUAAAUCGUGAGGUCAGACGGACUGGUGGUCGUGUCUUGAUAACGUUGGGUGAUCAAGAUAUUGAUUUGUCUCCUUCGUUUACAAUAUUUAUGUCAACAAGAGAUCCGACUGUUGAAUUCCCUCCAGAUUUAUGUUCACGAGUCACAUUUGUUAACUUCACCGUAACACGAAGCAGUUUACAAGCGCAGUGUUUGAACUACGCUCUUAAAGCAGAAAGACCAGAUGUUGAUACUAAGCGUUCAGAUUUGCUUAAACUUCAAGGAGAAUUUCAUCUCCGCUUAAGGCAUCUAGAGAAGUCGUUACUGCAAGCUCUUAAUGAUGUGAAAGGAAGAAUUCUUGAUGAUGAUAGUAUAAUUGGAACUCUGGAGAAACUGAAAAAGGAAGCUGCUGACAUCACUAAGAAAGUUGAAGAAACUGAUGUAGUUAUGGCAGAAGUUGAGGCCGUCACUGACCAGUACAGACCAUUGGCUCAAUCCUGCAGUAGUAUAUAUUUUACGAUGGAAUCGCUUAAUCUUGUCCAUUUCUUGUAUCAAUAUUCUCUGCAUUUCUUUUUGGAUAUGUAUCUAAGUGUUUUACAUGGAAAUCAAAACUUGAACAAUCUUAAAGACAGUACGUGCCGGUUAAAUGUCAUUACCACAGAUGUAUUUCAGAUUGUUUAUAACCGUGUUUCGCGUGGUAUGCUUCACGAUGAUCGUCUUUCUUUUUCCUUGUUACUUUGUCGUAUAUAUCUUCGUGGUCUGCCAGGAGAGCGCGAAUACGAAGAAGAAUUCUCUCAUUUCCUUGUUGGUCGCGAUGCUAUACUGGGCAAAAAAUCUACAUCUUUUGAAGGUUUAUCACCAGAGCAGAGCCAAGCGAUGCGUCAUUUGGCACAGUUAAUAGCUUUCAAUAAUCUCUCGGGAUACGUCCAGUCUCAUCGGGAUUUCUUUGAUUGGCUGACUUGUCUUAAUCCGGAAAACAAUGUUCCUGUUUGUUGGCAAUCAAGUGUUGAACUUUCUGCCGUUGGAAUCUGUGUGUAUCAGCUUUUAGUAAUUCAGGCAUUCAGACCAGACAGAGUUUUGGCGAUGGUUCAUAAAGUUGUGGAGACAGUCUUCGGACAAGCUUUUAUGCGAACUUCAGAACAGGAACUCAAUCUCUCCAUGAUUGUCGACAAAGAGAUCAAAUCCAACACACCAAUAUUGAUGUGUUCUGUUUCUGGUCAUGAUGCAAGUGGUCGUGUUGAUGAUCUUGUUGCCCAACAAAAUAAACAAUGCACUGCAAUAGCCAUUGGUUCUGCAGAAGGAUUUAAUCUUGCUGAGAAAGCUGUCAACUCUGCUGUAAAAUCUGGAAGAUGGGUUUUGUUGAAAAAUGUUCAUUUGGCUCCACAAUGGUUGGUAACAUUGGAAAAGAAACUACACACUUUGAAUCCUCAUGCAAAUUUCCGUCUUUUCCUUACUAUGGAAAUUAAUCCUAAGGUUCCUGUGAAUUUAUUGCGAGCUUCCCGUGUUUUUGUAUUCGAACCUCCUCCUGGCAUAAAAGCAAACCUUUUCCGAACUUUCAGUACUAUUCCUGUAUCGCGCAUGUGCAAGGCGCCAACCGAACGAACACGUUUGUAUUUUCUGUUGGCAUGGUUACAUGCUAUUGUACAAGAACGUUUACGUUAUGCUCCACUGGGUUGGUCCAAGCAUUAUGAGUUCAGUGAGUCUGACCUUAGAGUUGCCUGUGAUACCAUUGACACGUGGCUUGAUAAUUCAUCGCAAGGUCGGACAAAUAUAUCUCCUGACAAAGUACCAUGGGAUGCAUUGAGGACACUUCUUACUCAGGCCAUAUAUGGAGGGCGCAUCGAUAACGAAUUUGAUCAGCGUUUGCUUUCUUCUUUUGUUAAUCGAUUGUUCACGGUCAGUAGUUUUGAAUCAGAUUUUCCAUUGGUAUUGGAUGCUGAUGGUGUUAAAGGCAAAAAUGUGAACAUGCCAGAUGGAAUACGACGCGAACAGUUUGUACAAUGGACAGAAAAAUUACCAGACUCUCAAUCGCCAUCCUGGCUUGGAUUACCAAACAAUGCUGAAAAAUUAUUGCUAACUGUUCAAGGUCAGGCCCUUACCACCAAACUUCUGAAGAUGCAAAAUAUAGACGAUGAAGAAGAAUUAGCUUACUCUCCGGGAUUAGACAAAAACCAGUCUCUGAUCUCUAAUGAUACUCGUCCAGCAUGGAUGAGAUCGUUACAUAGCACAGCCACUAAUUGGUUGGCAAUGGUACCGGAGGAACUUGUUGCCUUGAAACGAACCAAUGAAAACAUCAAAGAUCCUUUAUUCCGAUUCUUUGAACGCGAGGUAAAUGUUGGAAUAGGAUUGCUUACAACGGUCCGUAGUGAUCUACAAAAUGUUAUUGGUGUUUGUGAGCAAGUAAAAAAGCCAACAAAUUAUCUAAGGAAUGUUAUAAGUGAUUUGAUGAAAGCUAUUCUUCCCAAGAAUUGGCGUCGUUAUACAGUUCCAUCAAGUCUUACUGUCAUUCAGUGGAUUGCUGAUUUCAGUGACCGUAUACAACAACUUCAACAAAUUUCUACCGUUUCACACAGUGGAUCUAAUAAAGGACUGAAGAACCUGCGUGUUCAUCUUGGAUGGUUGUUUGUCCCUGAAGCCUAUAUAACAGCAACCAGACAAUAUGUUGCUCAAGCUAAUAACUGGUCUUUGGAAGAGCUUUCCUCCCUCUUAUAUAUAUUUAUCUUUAGUAAUUGA